AUGUUUUGGAACACACUGUUUCUCAAAGUCAGAUUCUUGCAGAUGACCGAAGACGGGGAGCACAGUCGAAGUCCAGACGAGUGUGCUCAGGCCGGCCUUUGGGAAGUUGAGCCAUUAUACUACAGUAUCCCGGGUCGCUCGGAUCGUAGUCGCCGCGGCAAGGCUUACCGCAAAAGAUCAGAUGGCGAAAUUUGUUGUUUCGAAGCUCAUGAUGGUAUUAUUUACAAACCGGGUGAUAAUGUUUACAUUGAGACAACAUCUGCCGAUCCAUAUAUAGUUGGAUCAAUAACUUUGUUCAAAAUGGUGAGUUUUUUUAGUUUGUUUUUCUUUCUGUAG